AUGUAUCACUCUACACCAUACCCGAACCCCAACAACCCGCUGGGUCUGCCAAUUUACGAAUGCUGGUUCUGUCCAACCAACUGGAUCGGUUUCUCAGCCCUCCUCUACCAUCUCGAAGAUGGUCGCUGCGUGAAGGAGGAUCGCAUUCGCACCCUCGCCUUCGAGACUCCGGAAUAUGGCUUCUACGGAAACAAGCUCACCGACGCUAACCCCUUCUUCUGCUUUCACUGCCGCGCCCAGUUCCCGCAAGUCUCCUAUCUCUAUCACCAUGCCGAGCACACCCCCUCCUGCUCGUACUUGCUGAAUGCACCCGAGUGCCUAGGUGCUCUUCGCAGUUUCUACAUUGAGUACUAUGAGUGCCCUGGCUCGGACUACGUCCACUUCUAA